AUGAAAGAGGCAUAUGAAGUUUUUGACUUGCAGCCAAUCUUCUGCAACGCAGCCAGUACUCUCGAUGUACCCACCGAUGAGGUGAUUGAUCAAAUUGCAGAGAAGUUACGCACCUCUCACACAGUGAAGAUGAUCCUAGGUGAUCACAAGGUGAAGUAUGUGGUUUGGUCCAGAACAAAAAUGGAAAUAUUCUUGAGCUGGUAUAUGUAUAAAGGGAUCGCGCCUGACACACUGCCUCAUCAUAUGGGUACCGUGGAGGAAUCUGUGCUGCGAUCGUGCAUUUUGAGCACAUCUGUGAGAGCUGAUGAAAGUAGCAUGUUCAGGUCCUUCCAAGGUCUUACGAUUCUGAGAGGUGGCUUCUAUAUCAACCUCCAUGCAGCAGACAACAGAAGAUGCAAGCAUAUCACGAGGGGUAGAGGAGUCCCUUCUGCAGGACCAAUGGCAGAUAGGUAUCUCCGUUCUCAUGGGUACUCUCUCUUGGCAUGUGACUGCAUCAUAAGGGCAUUCAAAAAUGCUGAAGAUGUCCUCGAGUUCAUGCAGUUGCUCUCGUUCGAAGAUUUGCUACCAAGCAGGGAGGUACCAGAGUCUGAGUUGGAGUAUCUUCACUCCAUCAUUGAGCUGGAGCCUCCUUAUAGAUAUCAUUGA